AUGUGCAGGUCAAUAAGCGCAGCGGUGAACAUCAUCCACGACUGCGACGAGACUUUCAACUACUGGAGCCUCUGCACUACCUCCUGCACGAAUCCGGGUUCCAGACAUGGGAAUACAGGUGGGUGCUCCUUUCUUGCUGCUCCCAUGUCUUCACAAUCUAGGGAUUCUCUAGGAAUUCUCUUGAGAGACGUUCAACUACUGGGAGCCUCUGCACUACCUCCUGCACGAAUUCGGGUUCCAGACAUGGGAAUACAGCUACUGGGAGCCUCUGCACUACCUCCUGCACGAGUCCGGGUUCCAGACAUGGGAAUACAGGUGCACUCUGCAUUCGCCCUUCGCUCCUACCUCUACCUCUUCUUUCACGCCCUCAUCGCCCUGCCAGUCACUCUCUUUUUUGGCAACGGUACGGUUAACGCCUUCUACACUGUCCGCCUGGCCCUGGCUGUUCCCUCUGCUGCAUCAGAGGCAUCUCUGCUCGUGGCUGUGGCUGCUGCCCUUCACAAGGCCACUCAGGCCCCUUCCCUACCCUCCUUCCUCCCCAUAACCUCCCUUCCUACCUUCCCCACCUCAGUUAACGCCUUCUAUGCUGUUCGCCUGGCCCUGGCUGUUCUCUCUGCCGCUUCAGAGGCAUCUCUGCCCGUGGCUGCUAACGCCUUCUACACUGUCCGCCUGGCCCUGGCUGUUCUCUCUGCUGCCUCAGAGGCAUCUCUACUCGUAGCCGUUGCAACAGCCCUUCACAAGGCCACCAGUGCUGGCAGUGCCAGUAGCAGCAGCAGUGGAACGAGGGAAGAUAAGGAGAAAGGGAAGGAGGAGGAGAAGGAGAAGGCGAAGCGAGAGAGGGCGGUCCCAGCAGGGAUUGGGGAGCGAGUGGGUGUGUGCGGGUUGCUGCUCCUCUGCUUCUGCUCUGGCAACUUUCUCGCCUCCACAACCUUCCUCCCCAGCACUUUCAGCAUGUAUGCAAUCACGUGGGCCACGUCUCUGACCAUCCAAGGCCGCCCCGCAGCAGCACAGCGGCAGCAGCAGCAGGCGUGCUGCUGGGGUGGCCCUUUGCAGGCCUGGCAGCCCUGCCGCUGGUGCUGCAGCGGGAUGAUCACUGGUGGUUUUGUGAAGGUCGUUGCAUCCGGUGCAAUCACCACUGUACUCGUCUCAGUAAGUGGGUUCGAGAUCAUUGCUUCUGGUGCUGCUGGGGUGGCCCUUUGCGGGCCUGGCAGCCCUGCCGCUGGUGCUGCACGGGAUGAUCACUGGAGCCUUUGUGAAGGUGGUCGUGUCUGGUGCUCUCACCACUCUUCUCGUCUUAGUAAGUGGGUACCGGCUGAUCGAGCCCUCUCCCUGUGUUUCGAUCGCCUGUACUACGGCCCGUGGACCUCCUCUGUGUUCAACCUAAUCCGCUAUAACGUGUUUGGAGGGGGGGACGGCCCUCUCUCUGUGUUUCGAUCGCCUGUACUACGGCCAGUGGACCUCCUCUGUGUUCAACCUAAUCCGCUACAAACGUGUUUGGAGCGGGGGACGGCCCUCUCUCUGUGUUGUGACUGCCUGUACUACGGUCAAUGGACCUUCUCCAUUCUCAACCUAGUGCAUUACAACGUGCUGGGAGGGGGGGACGGAGCCGGCAGCAGGAGCAGCAGCACGCUGUACGGAGUGGAGGGGCGGCUCUUCUACCUCCGCAACGGCCUCAACAACUUCACCCUCGCCCUCCCCCUUUGUGCUGCCCGCUCCCUCUCUCUCUCCCUCCUCUCUCCCUCUUUGUCCCAUGCAGGCACUCUCUCUGUGUUUCGAUCGCCAGUGGACCUCCUCAGAGAGAGAGAGCACAGAGGAGGUCCACUCUCUCUGUAUUAUGGCCAGUGGACCUCCUCUGUGCUCAACCUCGUGCGGUACAAUGUGUUUGGAGGAGGAGACGGUGCGGGGCGGGGAGCACGCUGUAUGGAGUGGAAAGCCCCCUCUUCUAUUUUUGAGGCGCCUCAAAAAUUGAGGCGCUUUUUGAGGCGCCUCAAAAGACGGUGCGGGGAGCACGCUGGCCUUUCCCUGUGUUUUGACCGUCUUUAUUACGGCCAAUGGACCUCCUCUGUGUUCAACCUAAUCCGCUACAACGUGUUUGGAGGGGGGGACGGUGCCGGGAGCACUCUGUACGGCGUGGAGGGUCCCCUCUUCUACCUCCGCAACGGCCUCAACAACUUUUCUCUCGCCCUCCCCCUCGGGCUCAUCCUCCCACUGCUGCUGCUGAUCGCGUGCUUUGCGUCGUCGCCGUUUCGCCGGCAAGGGAGGGGUGGAAAUGGAGGGGUGGAGAGGGGUGGGAAGGGGUUUGUGGGGUGGAAAGAGGUGGUGGCGCUGCUGCUGCUGCCUGUGGUCAUCUGGGUUGGAUUCAUGUCCCUUCAGCCACACAAGGAGGAGCGGUUCCUCUACCCCAUCUAUGCGCUCAUCCCUGUCACUGCUGCCAUCGCCAUCACCAUCAUCCCCUACCUCCCUCCCGUCAUUGAUCCCCCUGCCUCCGCCUUUGCUGAUCCUUGUUCUCUACGCCUCUUCUCUACUAUCCACACCCCGUAA